GUAUAUAACAAUAGGUAUAAAGCGAAGAAUAACAACAUUAAAUUCCAAUCAACAUCAUUAACUAUUUCGCAUUCAAACCGGUUCAAUGUAUUAUUUUAUUUAAAAGCAGUUACUAGUUCCAUUUUUAAAUAAUUGACUUGAAAUGUGGAACGUUUGUGUUUUGUUUAUGCUGCCAGCGAUAUCGAAUGCGGCGAAUAUAUCAUUUGGAAACAGGGAUAAACGGGUAAAUUAUGAUUUAAUUGUAUUUAAAUCGUUUUAAUAAUGUUUGGAAUUUGUAUUGAUAUUUAAACGGUAUGAUCUCGUGUGUUUGUGUGUGUUGCGGCAGGAUUACUGGAGUUGGGGACUGGUCGAGGAUAAUGAGCCAAAAAAUGUGCUGAUGCCGUCCACCACGCCAGCCGACGAUGAAGCGGCUGCAUGUCUACCGUACACCUCGGCUAUGCCUGAUUUCUACCAGCCAGGUCGGCGCAUCAGCGAAACUAAAUGCUACGAAUAUGCUUGGCAAAUGCAAGACCUAGAUGAGAGAGAUCAAAGGGAAAAGGCAUGUUUGGCCUACAGGAGAAGAAAGGCUGGUUUACACUCGUUUCGGAACCUCGUCGUCGGUGGCCGGCGAGCUCUUCAAGGCGAAUACCCUCACAUGGGAGCGCUAGGCUGGCGAGCCGUCGAGGGUACUUGGAUCUUCAAAUGCGGAGGGGCUCUAAUCAGCCCGCGAUUUGUGCUGACGGCUGCUCAUUGCACCAAGUCAUCGCGCGAUCCUACCGUGGCUGAGGCUGCUCCGAAGAUCGUGAGGCUGGGAGCCCGGAAUAUUCUCGAUGCUCCUGAACCCUACGACGCGCUAAUCACUAGAAUCAUCGUCCACUUCUCCUACUCGGCCCCUCGCAAGUACAACGACAUAGCUCUCCUGCAGUUGUCCAGAGACGUCGAAUUCUCGAGAUAUAUCCAGCCAGCUUGCUUGUGGACCUCGGCCAAUACAAGCGCCAUUUUAAGUGCAACUGUUACCGGAUGGGGGGUAGUGGUGUCAGGUGGUCGCGAUUCAUCCCCGAAUCUACAAACGGCUGAGGUGGAUAUCAUAGAGUCCACCACCUGCGGCGGGCUGCUCCGCCGCUACUGCAACCGAAAUUGGUGCGGCUUAGACCAGACACAGGUCUGCGCUGGGAAACUCGCGGGAGGAGUCGACACUUGCCAGGUACUGCACUGUUAUAGAUACAAUCUACAAACGGCUGAGGACAUCAUAGAGUCCACCACUUGCGAUGGACUCCUCCACCGCUACUGCAACCGAAAUUGGUGCGGGCUAGACCAGACACAGGUCUGCGCUGGGAAAGUCGGGGGAGGAGUCGACACUUGCCAGGACAUCAUAGAGUCCACCACCUGCGGCGGGCUGCUCCGCCGCUACUGCAACCGAAAUUGGUGCGGGCUAGACCAGACACAGGUCUGCGCUGGGAAACUCGGGGGAGGAGUCGACACUUGCCAGGGGGAUUCCGGCGGUCCGCUGCAAGUGCGGGUCGGGUCAUUGACCUCGGUUAUCGGCGUGACGUCAUUCGGCUUCGGCUGCGCGCGCGCCGGCGCUCCAGGCGUUUAUACUAAGGUUGCCGCGUAUAGCGAUUGGAUCGAACGCCACGUUUGGGGAUAGGGUUUGCCAACCCUAGCAGUAGGGUUAGGCAGUGCUGGAUAAAAGAAAAUCUGGGAUCCCAGCAGUGUCAAUGGAGUUGAAAGUUAAUCCCCAGUUAGGACAAGACGGGUAGUCUAUGGCGGUUAACGGUUAUCACACUAGAUGCUAUUCGCACGUCGCUCCGAUGUGCGAGCGGGAUGUCGCUAUAAUACGCCCGCAGUGUUCUCUCGCUCAAACAUCGGACCGACAUGCGAAUCGCAUCCAGUGUGCCGUCUAUCUCAUCUGAUCUCAUCG